GAUCGUCAAAAUGCACGGAAAAUUCAUGAGGCAGCUGGACUUCCUUUCUUUGAAAUCUUUGUAGAUGCUCCUCUAAAUAUUUGUGAAAGCAGAGAUGUGAAGGGCCUGUACAAAAAGGCAAGAGCUGGAGAGAUCAAAGGAUUCACGGGGAUUGACUCAGAGUACGAGAAGCCUGAAACACCUGAACUAGUGUUGAAAACGAAUGUUGCGUCAGUGUCCGAAUGUAUUCAGCAGGUUGUGGAGCUCCUCCAAACACAAAACAUCGUGCCCCAUGGCUCGAUUAAGGAUGUUCUUGAGCUGUUUGUACCUGAAAAUAAACUCAAUAGUGUCCGAGCUGAAGCGGAGAUGCUGCCAUCCGUAGAGAUCACUAAGCUGGAUCUGCAGUGGGUGCAGGUGCUGAGCGAAGGCUGGGCCACUCCGCUGACCGGCUUCAUGCGCGAGGCAGAGUACUUGCAAGUGAUCCAUUUUGGCACCCUGCUGAAUGGAAGGAAUUGCUUUGUAGCUGACGGUGUUGUCAACCUGAGCAUCCCCAUUGUGCUGCCCAUCUCCACGGAGGACAAGGAGCGGCUGGAGGGCUGCGAGGCGCUGGCGCUCAGCUACGCGGGGCGGAGGGUGGCGGUCCUGAAGAGCCCCGAGUACUUCGAGCACAGGAAGGAGGAGCGCUGCGCCCGUGUCUGGGGCACCACCUGCGCGAAGCACCCGCACGUCAAAAUGGUGAUGGAGAGCGGAGACUGGCUGGUUGGUGGAGACCUUCUUGUGCUGGAGAAGAUCAAAUGGAACGACGGGCUGGACCAGUACCGCCUGACACCACUCGCUCUCAAGCAGAAGUUCAGAGAAAUGAACGCUGAUGCUGUCUUUGCAUUUCAGCUGCGCAACCCUGUCCACAAUGGGCACGCCCUGCUCAUGCAGGACACGCGGCGCCAGCUUUUGGAGAGGGGUUACAAAAACCCCGUGCUUCUCCUGCAUCCCCUGGGAGGAUGGACCAAAGAUGACGAUGUUCUGCUGGAGUGGCGGAUGAAGCAACACGCAGCGGUGCUGGAGGAGCAAGUCCUGGACCCCAAGUCAACCAUCGUUGCCAUCUUCCCCUCUCCUAUGCUCUAUGCCGGCCCCACGGAGGUGCAGUGGCACUGCCGAGCUCGCAUGAUCGCCGGGGCCAAUUUCUACAUCGUGGGGCGCGACCCUGCGGGCAUGCCUCACCCCGAGACCAAGAAGGACCUCUACGAGCCCACGCAGGGUGGGAAGGUCCUCAGCAUGGCGCCGGGCCUGACCUCAGUGGAAAUCAUCCCCUUCCGGGUGGCUGCUUACAAUAAACUGAAAAGGGCCAUGGAUUUUUAUGACCCGAAAAGGCACGACGAUUUUGACUUCAUCUCGGGAACACGCAUGAGGAAGCUCGCUCGCGAAGGUGAAAACCCACCGGACGGCUUCAUGGCCCCCAAAGCUUGGAAAGUCCUAACCGAGUACUACCAGUCGCUGGAAAAAAAGAAUUAACACUACUCCUCCUCCCUAGAAAUCCUUGUAUUAAGAGUGAGCGAUGAUUGAUUGAUUCCCUAUGACACAGAUCAGUUACUUGGUGUUUCCAGUGCUCUGACGAGUCAGGAUUUUCCUACCCGGGUCAGAGUGGUUUUUACUAAUCAGA